AUGGCAACGAAAGACGCUUUGUGUCUCGCGAUUCUUGCAAUUUUUGCGAUAAAAGCCACGUUGCAAAGUUUGCAAAAUGAUAUAACAGCGCGGCUAAACGACAAUGACAAAACUUUAUCGAGAAAACGAAGAUAUCUUAUUUUUCCGGAGGGAAGCUCUCUGCAACUAGUUUAUUGUUUUACCAUGCCUUCCGUGGGCGUGGGCCAGAUUUUCACGGUUGGCUCCACUGUUGCCUUGGCUUGGGAAUUACCGCACGACCCGUUUGUACCAUUUCGAAGGCCCUCCGAACUGCUCCAUCGUAUUGACAAGCCUGAAAAGCAAACUUCCGGCGGUUGGGAGUUACAAAACACCAAAUCGCCGGCACCUGUCACUUAUAAGAAAACCUAUUACAAUCCGUUCCUCAUCAAUAAACCACCAGGGGUUGGUUACAGCACUAUUAAAGGAUUUGUUCCCAUGACACCAGUCCAGACGAAAAAGAAGACUUACUACGCCAAGCCUAAUCAGUAUCGAACUGUCUCACAAAGUAAGAAAAAAGUUUCUAACGAGCCUGUCACGACUUAUUUGCAUCCUGUUUACCACAAGAUCUACAGAAGGACGCGUCGAGAUUUAUACGCCAAGAUAGAAAAGUUGUUCACAGGACUAAGUAGAGACGGCAAGGCUUGUUUGCUCAAAGCCGUUUGCGAAGUCAGCAAAGCAACCACCGAACGAGGCACUUUUAUGGAAGAACUCAUCAAAGUUAUUUUUAGAGUCAGACAUCAUCAAGACGAAGGACACCAAGAAAGAGACGAAUACGAUUUGGCAGCGAACAAACAACAUAAUUGCACCGAAAUGUAUCCAACAUGUGAGCAUUCCAUUUGGAGUGGGAUGUUUUCCUUCGCUUAAUCGAUAAAUUGAUUAAUAAAAAAUGAACAUAAACUAUCCGAGAUUUAUUUUAA